AUGACACAGGUGCAAAAGAUAGCAGCAAAAGAGGCCGGGGAAACGUCCUUCCACCCCGCCGGUGCUGCAGCCCGGGUGGGGCUCGCGGUGCCGCCAACGUCAUCCCAUUCCGUGCAGGAAUUUCCCCGCACGCCGAGGAGCGGGCGCAGGGAGCGCUUCCAUUUAAGGCUGGCGCGGCCGCGGCGGGAGGGCUGCGCCGUUAUCGCGGCCGGGCAGGCUGCUGCCUUGCCGUUCCGCUCCCCUGCCCUAUCGUCCCGUCCCUGCCGCUCCGGAGGAACCGGCGCCUGCCGGGAAGCCGGGUGGAUUGCAGAGCCAGAGGAGCAGUGGGCGGACACGGAGCGCUUGGAGCAGACGGGUGAAUUGCUGCUCUUUGGGGAUACCAACUUUCCUCCACUCUGCUGCGAACGUGGCAAAAUGCAGAGAGAAUCUGACUUCAUGGCCAGCGUAGACAGCAGCUGGAUCUCAUGGGGCGUGGGGGUGUUUAUUCUGAAACCCCUCAAGUGGACUCUGUCAAGCGUGCUGGGUGACAGCAAGGUGCCCGAGGAGGAGGAAAUUCUGAUUUUUGUGGAGCUACUACAGGAAAAGGCAGAGGAAGUUUAUCGCUUAUACCAGAACUCUGUGCUCUCUUCUCACCCUGUUGUUGCCCUCUCGGAGCUGCGGUCCCUUUGUGCCAAUGUUUGUCCUGAUGAAAGGACCUUCUACUUGUUGCUGCUCCAGCUGCAGAAGGAAAAGAGGGUCACAAUCCUGGAACAGAAUGGAGAGAAGAUAGUGAAGUUUGCCCGAGGUCUUCAUGCCAAAGUCUCCCCAAUGAACGAUGUGGACAUUGGCGUGUAUCAGUUGAUGCAGAGUGAGCAGCUGCUGUCACAGAAGGUGGAGUCCCUUUCCCAGGAAGCAGAGAAGUGUAAAGAGGAUGCCCGGAGUGCUUGUAGAGCUGGGAAAAAGCAAUUGGCGCUGAGAUGUUUGAAGUCCAAGCGAAGGACGGAAAGGCGCAUCGAAGAGCUUCAUUCCAAGCUGGAUGCAGUGCAAGGGAUCCUGGAUCGCAUUUAUGCCUCCCAGACUGACCAGAUGGUAUUUAAUGCCUAUCAAGCCGGUGUGGGAGCUCUCAAGCUGUCUAUGAAGGAUGUAACAGUGGAGAAGGCUGAGAACCUGGUGGAUCAGAUACAAGAGCUCUGUGACACUCAAGAUGAAGUAGCUCAGACCCUGGCUGGAGUGGGGAUCAAUGGUCUAGAGAUGGACACUGAGGAACUUGAGGAAGAGCUGGAUAGUCUCCUCCAAGACUCUGCUAAGGAGCCUGUAGAUCUGCCUCCCGUUCCCCAGAAGCCACCGAAUCCUGCCAUUUCUGAUGCUGAACUUGAAGCUGAAUUGGAAAAGCUCUCCCUUGCUGAUGGAGAUUUGGCACAAAAGACUCCCUCUGCUUCAUGUGAACCCAAAACAGCUCUGGGACUGAAUCUCUAAAGACCCAACAGUUACCCUGUUGCUGCAGCCUGACAAGUUGUCUUAAGGUUCCUUAAUUAAUGACUAAACUUUGGGAGAGAUGGGUAGUGCUCCCAUCCUCUUUGUGGAUAUCACUUUACUAAGCAACAGGAUCUUCUGCCAUGACAAUCCACUCUCUGGAACUGGCCCCAGCUGGUGUUUGUCAUCUCUGCCAACAUCUGCACUGGUUUAUUUGACUUGUUAUCCCAAGUCAUCUGCAACAUCCAAUCUUCCUUCUGGGAACACAGUUCUCACUCUUCUACCCAGUGAAGAUAAACUCUUCGAUGUCCAUAACAGUGCUUGGUUGUUCUUCUCUUUUUCAUUUUUCUCUUUUUUUUUUGCCGUGGCUCAAGUCGAGAAGCUGAGUUGCAGCGGUAUUGCAGUUGCUCAACAUUUGGCUCUGUGUGUGGUUGUUUGAAACACUUGGCACAUAAGUACUGUCCUUGACAUAAGUUAUCUGCAACAAGCUUAAACACUUCUUGAUAGUUCAGACCCUUCCUGUGUGUACUUUGCACGGCCGUGGACAGCUAGACACUGUAAGUGUUAAAUUGUAGGAGAUUUUGGUGCUGCACUAGGGGGCAGCAAUUGCAAGCACAAGACAAAACUAAUUCCUCUUUCUGUAAUGACACUAAGGCCUUAAAAGGGAGACCUGCAAAAGAUUUUCAAAUGAAGGAGUUCCUUAUGCUGCCCCUGCUGACAGAGGCUGGCAGGCACUACCAAACAAUUUUCUGCUUGCUUUUACUUGAAA